UUUUUCAACGAAGAAUUCCUAAAAUUAAGAAAAGAGUUUGUCGGAAUGGCCGGGAAAAUGGCAUCGGUGGUGGUGGUGGUUUUGUCGGUGAUGUUGAUCGUGUCUAUGAAAUCGGCGAUUGCCAUCGAGGAGCCGACGUUCGGACAGAGAAUCGACCAGGCCACGACGGACUUCUCCAAGUCCUUCAACGAGCACGCCGUCCCCGCCGUCGACUCCUUCUCCUCCGCCGCUCAGUCCGUCUAUGGCUGGGUCGGCGGUAAAUUGAGGGAU